AUGGCUAGGAAGAAGAAUAAGCAAAUGGUCUCCGAUGAGCUCGAUGGGGGGGUUCCGAGUGGAAGCGCAUCGCAAUCUUCGUCGAAUGGCUCCUCUAAGGAUAGAAAGGCAGCGAACACCGUCUCUGACUCUGCGCCUGCGCUUAUAAUAUGUCGCAACAAACAUUGGCGGUUCAUUUCUUCAUUCCACGGGCCAUGGCUGCAAAUGCCCAUCGAGAUCCUCGAGACGAUUGCGAAUAUCAAUUAUAAUACCCCUCCGCCCCGUCCCAUCGACCCGGCAAUCUUCUUCGACCUUCUCAAGAUCCGCCGACUAGUCGACGAAGCGACGAAUCUCGCCGUGCGGGCUGCUAGCGAUAUCGCCUCACCUACCUUGACAAAUGUACAUGGCGGGCUCAAUGGACACAUGUCGUCGUUAGGGUUCGGGGUGGGCGGUGGUCACGGCACGAAACUGAGCAAGGAGCGCAAAUUCCGAAUGAGAGAGCAGGCCAGCCAGAAGCUUGCGCGCGCAUAUCGCUUGGACGAAAUCGCUUGCAGUGUUGCUACGAUGCAGGGUGCGUCGCCCUUGGAGGAAAUUGGUUCCCUGGUGCUGCAGCGCAGUAAGGACGACCCCGAUGCAAAAUACGUUCACUUUUUCCACGAAAAGAUACCUUCGAGACAACUGGCCGAGUGCACCAGCUUGCGACCCCUGGAUGAGGUUAUAUCUGCGCGACCAAACGAGGGCGAAGCUUUGCGAACGAGGGCGACAGUAAGGGUAUUCAAGGAUGAUCAUGAUGGCGCUGCUCAGGACUUGAGCGUUGCGCUGCAAGUGCACCGCUUUCAUCACCCAUUACACAACCCACCAUCGACCCAGGACCUUCACAUAGCAGCUGGGUCUAGAAGAAGCCAGGACGUGGUUCUUACGGAGGAGCAGCAACCUAGCAGCUUGGAAACACAGCUGCUAUUUCAACGCGCCGGGGUAUACUUGACAAUUGCAUGCCAGCAUGUUAUGAGCGGCUUGCAAGAGACUCCUGCAAAUGGAGGACCAGCGCGAGCCAACGGCUCGAAGGAGCUAUCCCGUGAUGGCAGUCCAGUGGACAAGGUUACCCCCGAUCAGGCGUCGGAGUCUACAGCAGCUGAGAAAGAGUCCGCUCGCCAUCGACUAGAGGAACGCAAAUUGGUCAAGACGUAUGCAAAGAGAGCCUUGCGGGACUACAUGGCUUAUCUGUCAAAAUUUGACUACACUCCGGAUCUUCCCUUGAAGGUUGCUAAAGAAUUCACCGAAAAGGUGAACAUUGCGGCUCAUGGCAUCCGUAAUCCUCGAGUUCCCGAUGCAGGAGCAAUACCGCCUUACAAGACUUAUCCCCUAUCCGACCUUUUCGCCGCUGUACCACCAGCAGACAUGCCCCCUUAUCCUUCCCAAGAGAUUAUACACCAAUCUGGACCUGCACUGCCUUCAAAUUAUGAGGCCAUCACGUAUCAUCCCUUGCUCACAGAUGCCCUCCAUUCCCUUUUGCUCUGCCACUGUCUCGUGCAGACUUCCACCAAGGAGCUUCUUCGCCACGCGCACAUGGUUGCCCGGUUGGCUCGUCUUGCCGACGGAUAUCCCAUUUUUCAAGCCAGCCGGUCUCCAGCGAGAGCGGACUGGAUCGAGGUCAUUCGGAGAGCUGAAAAUUGGAUUCAAAUGUCAUCAUCGUGGGAGCAACUUUGCACUCCCGCCCCUCUCCCUAUUCUCGAUGCGCCAUUGUCUCAACACCAGAAUAAGACCCAACCUUCUCAUAAAGCCGCUGCCCUAGCGGCCGCAGCUAUCACCAAAAAUGGCAACAUGCUACCUGAAUCUGGCGAGAGUGAUGAGCAACGCAGAGAGAGAGUUCGCCAACAGGCCAUCAUGGAGUCUCUUGAGGACGAUCGAGUGGUCGAUGAGGCCAGCCUCCGUGCCGCUAUUACCGCACGGCAGAAGCGAGCUGAGGAAGACCAUGAGUAUAUGCUUGGCUUGAAAAGUACUUACAACGGGAGAACCGAUACGUCAAAUAAUGGCCAAUCGUCGCCUGCUCUGCGGAGGUGGAGUGUAGAUGACGGGAGAGAAUAUCCAAUCUUGACGGAGCGUGCCGCCGCCAUUGCUCGAUGGGUCGUUGAGGCGCCGACGGUGAGCCUGGGAACGGCCAAGCGGAAGAAGAAAUCAGGCCCAAAGAAAGAGAAGGAUAUUAGGGGUCCAGAAUCGGCUUCGAGAGGCAUGGCCGAUCUGGCAAUCAGCGAGACUGGUAGGACCGUUGACGCGCAGGCGUAA